AGGAAAACCACAAGCCCGUCUCGAAGUUGCUGGACCGAAGCAUUAGAAGGGGGGGGUAGUUUGCGCUUGAGAAUUGAGCGACUUUAGGACCCAGCGGGAAGAACUUUGGAAUCUCCUCCGUAGGGAGGGGGCAGGGAAGGAGUUAGCGGCUCCAGGGCGCAGGCGCGCGCGUUUACUAUCGCCGGUCGUGGAGCUCGGUGGGACGGAAUAGAAUGAAAUGUAACAAAACAAGCUGAGCCUUUGUAGCUGUUUAAAGGGGCCGCGGUCCCUUCCCUCCCGCCUCCUUCCCCUCCGACGUGCCCUCCACUAGAGCCGGGCUCUGGGCUCUGGGGAAACUGGUCCAGCGAGACUGGCCCUUUCUGAAACCUACCUCGGGAGAUAGCGCGACCGAGGAAAGCGUCCGCGAGGAAGACCACCGCACAGAGAGGCAAAAGAGAGGGAGAGGAGGGAGGUACCAGCCCGGAGUGGGCUGCGGUCCCUGGGCGCUCCGGGCCGGCUUGCGAAGCGUGGAUCUCCCGGGACUGGAAUGCAAACAAAGCUGGCCGCGGGCUGGGGCGGGAGCCCGGAGGCGCUGAGAAAGUUUGCCUAAGGAUGGCUUGAGCUGGGGGAGGGCGAGCGGGCAAAGUUUCUUUCUUAUGCUUCUGUCUUUGGGGGUGCCCUCUGGGGACAUGCCCGUCCUGCGCCCCAGCUGAUCUUCGGGGCCGGGGCUGGGGCUGUUGCUGUCUUGGGCCACCUGUUUCGCAUUCCUGUGUAUCUUCGGGUCCGCUCGCUGUGCGUGUGCACUCGCGUGUGGGUCGGGCGUGAGGGGGUGAGUGGACGCCACACGCGCGGCCAGCACCAUGUCCAAAGUCAUCCAGAAGAAGAAUCACUGGACCACCAAGGUGCAUCAGUGCACCCUGAGCCGGGGGCCCCAGGGCGAGCUGGGGCUGACCGUCCUGGGGGGAGCCGAGUACGGCGAGUUCCCCUACGUGGGCUCCGUGGAGCCGGACGCGGAGCUGGGGCUUGCCAGCGGCGGCGAGGGCAACAGUCUCAGCGAGGGCGAGUUGCUGCUGGAGGUGCACGGGGUUCGCGUGUCCGGCUUGCCCCGCUACGACGUGUUGGGAGUUAUUCAGAGCUGCAAGGAGUCCGUCACCUUCAAGGCCGUCAGACCAGGAAGCCGACUGAACAAGGAUCUGAGACACUAUCUCAAUCAACGUUUUCAGAAAGGUUCACCUGAUCAUGAGCUGCAGCAGGUCAUAAGAGAUAACCUUUACCGCCAUGCUGUGCCUUGCACAACCCGGCCUCCAAGAGAAGGAGAAGUGCCUGGGGUGGAUUACAAUUUUCUGACGGUCAAAGAGUUCCUGGAUCUUGAGCAGAGUGGGACCCUCUUGGAAGUUGGCACAUAUGAAGGUAACUAUUAUGGGACACCCAAACCUCCCAGCCAACCCGUCAGUGGGAAAGUGAUUCCCACUGAUGCUUUGCACAACCUUCAAACGGUCUCCAAGCAGUCAACCCCGAAACGCACCAAGUCCUACAAUGAUAUGCAAAAUGCUGGCAUAGUACACACGGAAAAUGACGAUGAAGAUGACGUCCCUGAAAUGAACAGUAGCUUGACAGAUUCUGGAGAACAAGAGGAGAACAAUCCCCAUAGUACAAGAGAGACAACCUUGCCACCUGUCAAUAAUAGCAUCACCACUGUUCCCAUCACGGAACCAUCUCAGAAGCUCCCUCAAUACCUACCUCUUUGUGCAGAGGAAAACUUAGGUCCUCUACCUGAAAACUGGGAGAUGGCCUAUACCGAAAAUGGAGAAGUCUAUUUUAUAGACCACAACACAAAAACAACAUCUUGGCUAGACCCUCGGUGCCUGAGCAAACAACAGAAGCCUCUGGAAGAAUGUGAAGAUGAUGAAGGGGUACACACCGAGGAAUUGGACAGUGAACUAGAAUUACCUGCUGGUUGGGAAAAGAUUGAAGACCCCGUAUAUGGUGUCUACUAUGUAGACCACAUCAACAGGAAAACACAAUAUGAAAACCCAGUCUUGGAAGCCAAAAGGAAGAAGCAGCUUGAACAGCAGCAGCAGCAGCAGCAGCAGCAGCAACAGCAGCAGCAGCAGCAGCAGCAGCAGCAGCAGCAGCAACAGCCAGAAGAAUGGGCAGAAGACCAUUCAUCCCUCGCUGCUCCUGUUGUUCCAAACCGUCCACCAAAUAGCCAGGAGCCUGUUAGAGAACUUCCACUUCAGGGUAAACCCUUUUUUACACGAAAUCCAUCUGAGUUGAAAGGCAAGUUCAUUCACACAAAACUGAGGAAAAGCAGCCGAGGCUUUGGCUUCACUGUCGUUGGUGGGGACGAGCCUGAUGAAUUCCUCCAAAUCAAGAGUUUGGUGCUAGAUGGGCCUGCUGCAUUGGACGGCAAGAUGGAGACAGGGGAUGUAAUUGUCAGUGUGAAUGAUACCUGUGUGCUGGGACAUACACACGCUCAAGUUGUAAAAAUCUUCCAGUCCAUUCCCAUUGGUGCCAGCGUGGACCUUGAACUCUGCCGAGGUUACCCAUUGCCUUUUGACCCAGAUGAUCCCAACACAAGCCUGGUGACUUCUGUGGCCAUUUUGGAUAAAGAACCCAUCAUUGUGAAUGGGCAGGAGAACUAUGAUUCACCAGCCAGCCACAGUAGCAAGACGGGGAAGGUCAAUGGUGUGAAGGAACCCCGACCUAGCAGUCCUGCCGAGGUGUCUUCAAAUGGUUCCCAUGGUUACCCCAAUGAUACUGUCUCUUUGGCCUCUUCUAUAGCAACGCAACCAGAACUCAUAACUGUUCACAUAGUCAAAGGACCAAUGGGUUUUGGCUUUACUAUAGCGGACAGUCCAGGUGGAGGAGGCCAAAGGGUCAAACAGAUUGUGGACAGUCCAAGGUGCCGAGGCCUAAAGGAAGGAGAUCUCAUAGUUGAAGUGAAUAAGAAGAUUGUGCAGAACCUCUCUCACAAUCAAGUGGUGGAUAUGUUGAUUGAAUGUCCAAAAGGGAGCGAGGUGACGUUGUUGGUGCAACGAGGAGGACUGCCAGUCCCAAAGAGGAGCCCAAAGUCGCAACCACUGGAGAGGAAAGAUAGCCAAAACAGCUCUCAGCAUAGCGUCUCCAGCCACCGGAGCGGACACACAGCUUCCCCCAGCCAUAGUACACAGGCGCUGCCUGACUUCCCUCCUGCUGAGGCCCCAGCAGCAGACCAAAUAGACAGCUCUGGACAGAAAAAGCCAGAUCCCUUCAAAAUCUGGGCUCAGUCCAGGAGCAUGUAUGAAAGCCGACCUAUGUCACCUUCGCCUGCAUCGGGAUUGAGCAAGGGGGAAAGAGAGAGAGAAAUCAAUUCCACGAAUUUUGGAGAAUGUAAGAUCCCAGAUUUCCAAGAACAAGAUAUCUUCCUGUGGAGAAAAGAAACAGGAUUUGGCUUUAGGAUUCUAGGUGGAAAUGAACCUGGAGAGCCUAUUUAUAUCGGUCACAUCGUACCGCUGGGUGCGGCUGACGCAGACGGUCGCCUCAGGUCUGGAGAUGAGCUAAUCUGUGUUGACGGGACACCCGUGAUCGGAAAAUCUCACCAGCUCGUGGUCCAACUUAUGCAACAAGCUGCCAAGCAAGGCCAUGUCAACCUCACUGUGCGGCGUAAAGUGGUCUACGCGGUACCCAAAGCAGAAAAUGAGGUCCCUUCCCCAGCAUCUUCCCAUCACAGCAGCAACCAGCCAGCUUCCCUAACAGAGGAGAAGCGCACUCCCCAGGGCAGUCAGAACUCUCUGAAUACCGUGAGCUCGGGCAGUGGCAGCACCAGCGGGAUUGGCAGCGGCGGGGGCGGGGGCAGCGGAGUGGUGAGCACAGCGCUGCAGCCCUACGAUGUGGAGAUCCGCCGCGGGGAGAACGAAGGCUUUGGAUUUGUCAUCGUCUCCUCCGUGAGCAGGCCAGAGGCAGGGACCACUUUUGCAGGAAAUGCAUGUGUGGCCAUGCCCCACAAAAUAGGUCGGAUAAUUGAGGGGAGUCCUGCUGACCGCUGUGGCAAACUGAAAGUAGGAGACCGGAUCUUGGCCGUGAAUGGAUGUGCCAUCACCAACAAAUCCCACUCAGACAUUGUCAACUUAAUCAAGGAAGCUGGAAAUACGGUUACCCUACGCAUCAUUCCAGGGGAUGAGUCCUCGAAUGCCACGCUGUUGACCAAUGCUGAAAAGAUUGCCACCAUAACCACCACGCACACUCCUUCCCAACAAGGAGCCCAGGAGCCCAGGAAUAACGCUAAACCAAAGCAGGAAUCGCAGUUUGAUUUCAAAGCCCCCCAGGCUGCACAGCAGGACCAAGAUUUCUACACUGUUGAAUUGGAAAGAGGAGCCAAAGGAUUUGGUUUUAGUCUUCGAGGUGGUAGAGAAUAUAAUAUGGAUCUCUAUGUGUUGCGGUUAGCUGAGGAUGGUCCAGCAGAGAGGUGUGGAAAGAUGAGGAUUGGUGAUGAAAUCUUAGAAAUCAAUGGGGAAACCACAAAAAACAUGAAGCACUCUCGGGCUAUAGAACUGAUUAAGAAUGGUGGCCGCAGAGUUCGUCUAUUUCUGAAACGUGGAGAUGGCUCAGUACCAGAAUAUGACCCCAGCAGCGACAGGAACGGCCCCUCCACAAGUCCACAAAAUGUACCGGAAAUGAAAAUCGGGCUGUCCGAUCGGCGACCACACCCAUCAUUGGAGUCCAGUUAUCCACCAGAUCUUCACAAAUCAUCACCACAUGGGGAAAAGCGGGCAUAUGUUAAAGACCCAAAAGGCAGCAGAGAGUAUAGCAGACAACUCAGUGAGCACCACACUUGGAAUGGAAUUUCUAAAAGACCUGAAGGGGCCGGAGCAGGGAGGCCAAAGGACCGGACACCAGAGGGAAGGAGAGAAACCCACCAGGAGAGGAUGGCAAUAAAUGGACCAAAAAAGAAAUCACCCGAAAAGAGGCGGGAAGGAACAAGGAGUGCUGAUAAUACUUUGGAGCGGAGAGAACGGCAUGAGAGGAGGCGAGAGAUUUCUCCUGGGAAGAGACGAGAGUGGUCACCAGGCCACAGAAAAGAUGGUUCCCCCAACAGACGCAGAAGAUCCUUGGAAAGACUCUUGGAUCAAAGAAAAUCUCCAGAGCGAAGAAGAGAGUUCUCUCCUGAGAGGAGGGCCAAGUCCUCUGACCGAAGGAGAGAGCGGUCCCCAGAGAGGAGGCGAGCACGGUCACCUGAAAAGAGAAACCGAGACGACAAAAGCAGCCGGAAAGAAAGGGAAGGCCCCAGUCAGAAGCCGGAGGUGAACCGAAGUUCCAGACAUCCCCCUGAACAGAGAAGGAGACCUUACAAAGAAUGCAGCACUGACCUCAGUAUCUGAGCCUUUUUGCAUCACGUUCUAGCCUUUACAGGGUGAAAGAUUUCAAGAGGGUAACAAAUUAUUUAGUUUCUUAUGUAACAAAGCAUCCAAUACCUUAUGAUCUUAAGGAAUAGCAACAAACAUUUUAUGCAGAUGAAACAUAUAAGAAAAAUAUAUGAAAAGUGUUGUGCCUGAUGUAUCAUAUUAAAGAAAGUAUUUUUAAAUGUAUACUUUUUUUCAAAAUUAUUUGCCAAAUGCUGGCCCUAAAGGAUAUAAAUUUUGUUUCUAUAUACAGUUUAGAGUUGGAGAAUCAUCCUUGACCGGGCAGCCUUUUCCUUCCAUAGUCAAGUGGGGCAGUCAGUAAUUCCUCUAGGGAAGGAAGUUGAUUGAUUACAUUUAAUUAUUUGGAUCCAGACUGUUAUUUAGUGAUUUCCUGCUAUACUGUAUCUAGGAGUUUUGAAAAGAAAUGGGGAAGGGGAGGAGGGGUAAAAGCAUUAUGCCAGUAGGAGCUGAGGACUCUUCCUGAAAGCAAGCUAUCCUCAAAAUGAAUUAACUGUUUGGAGAGACUACUAUUAUGAUGAAGGAUAUUUAUAUGAAGACUAAACAGCACAACGAGAUACUUGAUUCUUGAUUUAGCUCUGGUUCAACCAACGGUUUGUAUCUUUCCUGUCUGGUAGGAGACAACAAGACAGGAGCCAGGGCUGCCACACCUAUGGCACAAGUGUAGACCACCAAGCUCAUUAAGAAUCCUCAACACCUACCAAGGUCACAUUAAUGCAGCACCACCACAGUUUAGCUCAACGACUAGAAGCAAUUGGACCGAAUGCCAACCAUGCGUUGUAUCACCUUCUUAGAAGCAGGAUAGCAACUAGAAAAUGGGAGUGCAUGCACAAUAUAAUGGAGGCAUUGGAAAUCCCCAGUAUAUGGUGCGUGUGUUUAUUCUGCUUAGCAUAAACCAGUAGACAUUCUUUGCCAGAAUUUUUAAUUAAGGGAGUCGGGAGGGGAGAAGGACAAAUUUCUGUAUUUGUUUUAUUUUACUGUUUGAUUCUUCCUGAGACAAGCAGGAUUCACCUUGUGAAUGCAAGAGAAAUAUCCCCAGGAUGCUCAAAGAAGCCAUUGGGAGAGUUCACCCAAUCUGGUUGGGAAGCUUCCGCCCUGAUGACUUUGUUGCUUGAAUAGCUCUGGAGAGCAGAACAAAAUGCAAGGGUUUGGAGGGGUGGGGUGGCUUUUCUUUCUUUUUUUCCUUUCUUUCUCUUUUCCUUUCUUUUGAGCUGUAAUUUUUCAAGAUGCAAGUAGUGUGGUGACGUCUGCUAUGGCCGUGGUUUACGGCUGGAAUGGAUUACUGCCUAGCUGAGCCAAAAUGUUUGCCAUUCCCUUUGGACCACUCAAGUAAACUGCUGCUUGUGGCGUGUUGCUGUGUCCAUGGUCUACUGUUUCACAUCUUCCAUACAGACACCAAGCAUUGCGAGUCUAUCACUGUUGUUCCCGUGGUACUGUAAAAAAAAAAAAUUAAAAAAAAAAACAACAAACCAAGAUGGCCAAUCAUUGUGUAUACAGAGUUUAAAUUGUAAUUAAUAGAGCCUGUUGAAACACAAAACUGUUGCCUUUUUUCUUGUAUAAAAGAGAAUUUAUGACAAAAUUUAGCUGUGAGGAAUGUGAUUAAGUGUUUAUAUUUCUGAAAAUGAAGCAAAUUGAUUCAUGGGGAUAUAUUUUAAUGUACACUGAAUCAGGUAUGUAAAGCCGUUUUAAAAUGGGAGCCUCUAUAAGUAAUUCUCAAGCUUUCAUUUAUCCUGUCACGGUGGGCCUGCCUGUGGAAUAUUAAGCCCUUGUACGCAUCUUCUGUUUUUCCGCUCAUCCCUUCUUGCUGUGUGCUGUAGGCAUAAUGCUCUUUUGGUGUUGAUGAAAAGCAGUAUGUGGGCCAAUCUUUUUAUAAAACACUAUGCAUAUAUGAAUACAACAUUGUUCAUAGCUUUAUUUGACGUUUGGGCUUAUACAUGGCGUGAGUAGGAGUCAAAAGUAGAUGUUGGAUUUACUCAAAGCCAGCUACUUUCCUCGAAACAGACACAAUGUAUGUUGUUAUGACAUAGAAGGAGAAAGCCUGUAAAAGCUAUUUUUAUUAUUCAAUAAUUUUUUUCCAUACAAAGCAUCCAUCCAACUGCAAUGGUCAGAUUCAGGAAGAACAACCCUGAAUAACACUGUUCUUGUCUGGUUCAUUUGGUUCCCCCCUAAGGCAAGAAAUUGGAUUCCACCUAAGGCCCCACUACUGGGAGUUGAUUCCUGAUUUCUAGCCAAAUACAUGAUGCGAAAUGCCUGCUGUCCCCAGGUCAACUCAAUAUUUGUCUCUCAUCAAGGUAGAGCUUUGAGUAGAUCCUAAAAUGAACCUAUCUUAAGAUAACUUGUUGUCAAGGGUGAUAUUUAAACCUUAAAAUCUGUGUGUAACCAACUGGGGCCAGUCAAAGUCUCUGAAGACUUGGGGUGUGACAACUCGGUCUUUAUUUCCCAAUUCGAGUUUUCCUUUGGAAACGCUGUACUGUAUGAGGACUAUGCAUAAAGUCGAAGGAUACAGUUUUCUCUGAACUGCUGUACUUAAUAUUGGGUACUUCCUGGUUCACUGCUCUAGCUAGCACACAAGUCAAUGUCUUGAUGGGAGGCGACUGAUGAGUAUAUUUUGUAUGUUCAAAAUCGAACCAUUUAGAAUUAUUCCCCCCACUACACAAUCAAUGCCUGGAAGAAUGUUAGGGUGAAAACCAGACACCCUACUUGUAUUUUUUAAGUUUGAGUCUUUUGUGAAAGAUUUUUUUAAUGCAUUUUUACUGUAAAAAAAAUACACGGAAAAUGUAUGCAUUCCAUAACAAUUA